AUGAAUAUAACUACAGCAAUAAAGGGACAUCGUGAAUGGGAUAAAGAUAUUGUCUCUUAUAAACUUGAUCAAUCACUUGCUAUAAUAUCAUUCAUUGAAAUCGAAUAUCAGAAACGUCUGUCUGCAAGAAAUUUUAUUGAGAUUUCAUAUAGCCUUAUAUCCAGUACUGAAGUGAGCCUUAAAUUAAUAAAAAUGUAUGAAAAUAGAGCACCAAAUGAGUCAAAUGAUCCAAAUGAGAAGACAAAUAUUCAAAGACUAGCUUCUGGAGAAUUAAAAAGAAUUAGAACAGAACAAGAAGAGAAACAUUAUAGUGAAAAACCUUCUUUUUAUGAUCAUUUGUCUCUUCUUUUCAUUAUCAAGGAGUUAUUGAUGGCUUUAAAGGAGGAUUUAAUUAAUGAGUUGACUAUUUUAACAGCUUUUAAAAAAAAGAAGUACUCUAAAGGUUAUCCAAUGGGGAAAAAUAAAAAAUUUGACAAAACUCAGGGACAAUUUCCACAAGUCAAGGUUGAUUUUAUUGAAACUAAG